CUCCGGGGCUGGGUUUCUCUUUUAUCCAAGAAGAGGAUUUUUUAUUUAUUUAUUUAAGCAUGAUGAGACAAAGACACCGGAUGAAGACUUGAAAAUAAUGAUUACAAAACUUUCGACAUUGACCAUGUCCAUACGAGAGCUGAAAGUUUGCCUUUUAGGGGACACUGGAGUUGGGAAAUCCAGUAUUGUUUGCCGGUUCGUUCAGGAUCAUUUUGACCACCAUAUAAGCCCCACAAUCGGAGCAUCGUUCCUAACCAAAACAGUGCCAUCUGGAAAUGAACUACACAAAUUUCUGAUCUGGGAUACAGCCGGACAGGAAAGGUUCCACUCACUCGCUCCUAUGUACUACAGAGGGUCGGCUGCUGCUGUCAUUGUCUAUGACAUUACUAAACUGGACUCUUUCCAGACAUUGAAGAAGUGGGUGAAGGAGCUGAAAGAACACGGUCCAGAGGACAUCGUUGUAGCCAUAGCAGGGAACAAGAAUGAUUUAGGAGACAUCAGGGAGGUUCCCAUGAAGGAAGCCAAGGAGUUUGCUGAAUCAAUUGCAGCUAUUUUCAUCGAGACUAGUGCAAGAAAUGCUGUCAAUGUGGAAGAGCUCUUUCGGAAAAUCAGUAAACGGAUCCCACCCCUGGAGAAGUCUGAGGAGGAGAGCGACGACUCCUUUAAACUCAGCCGGCAGCCGACUCCGUCCGCCAGGAGAUGCUGCUAGUACCAACGGUGGCGGAUGAGAUGACUCCCUUCAGCACCAGCACAGCACACAGUCCACCAUGCACACGGUGUUUUACUCCUGGAAAAGACAAGACCAGACAGUGGACAGACAGAGGUCAGCUUCCACGUGUGGUCAGCCCGCAAGAUGAAACAACAUUAAUAUACAGGUCAUUGCAAAUGUAUUUGAUUGUCUGAUGAGGUCUGGAUCCCAGGGCCUUCAGUCUGUCCCCCUCAGGUGGUGUUUUGCCUGAAUUACAUAAGUAUUUCUGUCUGUGCGGUAUCGUCCACAGCUCAUUAAUAACCCACAUAAGCAAUAAGUGAUCUAGCUGAUGUGCUUUUUAACAUAACGCAAUGUACAUGCUGUCGAUGCAACUGCAUUUACAUUUUCAUUUCAAUGGCCAAUCUGCUCUGUCCAGGUUCCUUGCACUGUGGCUCUUAAAUGGCACUCAGUAAAUUACGUUUUUGAUAUAGUUUACAUUUUUUAAAUGUUGUGUUCAUCAAGGCCAUACUUUUCUUCUCAUGGAGCUUUUGUUUACAUGUAUGUAUUGAAUUAGAAUAUCCUAACUCCUGUUUGUCCAGAUCAAGCGUUAGACAAACGGUCAGUUUGCUUCCAAUGAAAUGUAAGGCUGUGAUUGGCUGAGAUAGAAAGUUGAAACUGACAUCGAUCAUCAAUUUAGGGGCCGCUUUGCGGUCCAGAUGUGCAGUAAAUCAAAUUUACCAACAGCUUGAUAACCGUUUAAUUAAAUCACACACCGAUUUAAAUGCAGUUUGUCAUGAUAUUCCAUCCAUACAAGAGAUAAUUACAUAUGAAGCAACUGCAUGUCGUCAUGUACAUGUUGACUUUGUGAUGAGAUCAAGGGUUUUAUUUGUUGCCACAGAAGUGCCUUUUUAAAAUGUUUUUCCAAACAAACGUAUGACACGACUAAGUGUCAGAGAAAUGCAUGAAUUCCUUGACUAAAUCAGCACAGACUAAUUGUAUGCAAAGCAGUCAACAAUUACCUGCAGCCAUCCUUAUACUGUAUUCCUAAAUCAACCUGUACCCCCUGUAGACCAGAUUAACUUUUGUAUAUUAAUCAGUGUAAUAAAGUAGUGAUUCUA